AAGUUUUCCUUUGCUAUUUACCUACUUACCGUGUCUGUCUAAUGUCCCAGCUACAGGUCAAACUGUAAUUACCAUUUUGCCCCUCCUCGCCGUGCUUCCUCAACUCGUCGGAGAGACUUCACGGAGGCAGAAGAAGAAAGUGAAAAGGAGAAAAAAAGCAGAAAGCACAGAGCAGCCCAGCUCUCCACCUGAUCUCUCUCUCUCUCUCUCUUCCUUCUCUCUCUAGCUGUUCCUUCAUUUGUUGGGAACUGUCACCUGCAGCUCCUUAAUCAAGCACCCAAUUGGGAUUAAUCCCUCCAUUUUUGAUUAUUUAAUAAAAUCCCGACCUUUAAUCCCCAUCCCCCUUUUCUCUCUCGUUGUCUGCAUAUUCAGUUGCCUUGAUUUCAUAAAAAAGAUCCGAUCUUCUUCAGUCCUUCUCCCCUCCACCGCGCCGCCGACGCCAGCAUGCCAGGCCUCGUGUCCGUCAAGACCCCGCCCGACGCCCCAUCUCCCCGAAUCUCCAUUCCCGAUAACACCCAGAUCCAGACCCCCCGACCGGAGUCGGCCACCCCGCCGACGAAGCCGGCCUCCCCGCUCCCCAAGAAGCCCCCGUCCCCGUCCCCUUCCCGCUCCAAAUUCUCCCCCAGGAAGCCCCCGCCGGAGUCGCCGAUCCCGGAUCCGUCCCUUGACAAUCCAGAUCUCGGGCCUUUCCUCCUAAAGCUUGCCCGGGACGCCAUCUCCUCCGGCGAGGGACCCGCCAAGGCCCUCGACUACGCCCUCAGGGCCUCCAAGUCAUUCGAGCGGUGCGCCAUUGAUGGCGAGCCCUGCCUCGACCUCGCGAUGAGCCUCCAUGUGCUGGCGGCGAUCUACUGCAGCCUUGGCCGGUUCGAGGAGGCAGUUCCCGUCCUUGAGAGGGCCAUCCGGGUGCCCGAACCUGCCCGAGGGCCCGAUCACGCCCUCGCUGCUUUCUCAGGCCACAUGCAGCUCGGUGACACGUACUCGAUGCUCGGGCGGGUCGAUCGCUCGAUUGAAUGCUACGAAGAAGGGCUGAAGAUCCAGAUCGAGGCUCUAGGGGAGACGGAUCCUCGGGUCGGCGAGACUUGCAGGUACUUAGCUGAGGCCCAGGUUCAAGCAAUGCAGUUUGAUAAAGCCGAGGACCUUUGCAAGAAGACCCUCGAGAUCCACCGGGUCCACAGUGAGCCUGCUUCUCUUGAGGAAGCAGCCGACCGGAGGCUGAUGGCCCUGAUCUGCGAGGCCAAGGGUGACUACGAGUCAGCCCUCGAACACCUCGUCCUUGCAAGCAUGGCCAUGAUUGCUAAUGGACAGGACAACGAGGUCGCCUCCAUUGACCUCAGCAUCGGGAACAUCUAUCUCGCCCUCUGUCGCUUUGACGAGGCCGUUUUCUCGUACCAGAAGGCCCUCACGGUGUUCAAAUCCUCAAAAGGGGACAACCACCCUUCUGUGGCCUCAGUAUAUGUCCGACUUGCAGACCUUUACCAUAAAACCGGGAAGCUGAGGGAGUCGAAAUCGUAUUGUGAGAAUGCACUGAGGAUAUACUCGAAGCCCGUGCCAGGGACCACAGGAGAGGAGAUUGCAGGAGGGCUGACGGAGAUCUCGGCCAUUUAUGAGUCAGUGGACGAGCCCGAGGAGGCCCUGAAGCUGCUUCAGAAGGCCAUGAAGCUGUUGGAGGAUAAGCCUGGCCAGCAGAGCACGAUUGCGGGGAUCGAGGCCCGAAUGGGAGUGAUGUUCUACAUGAUUGGGCAGUACGAGGAGGCAAGGAGUUCCUUUGAGAGCGCUGUGGCGAAGCUUCGGGUCUGUGGGGAGAGGAAAUCAGCCUUCUUCGGCGUUGUAUUGAACCAGAUGGGGUUGGCCUGCGUUCAGUUGUUUAAGAUAGACGAGGCUGCAGAGUUGUUCGAGGAAGCAAGGAGUAUACUUGAGCAGGAGUGUGGGCCUUGUCAUCAGGAUACUCUUGGAGUGUAUAGUAAUCUUGCGGCGACUUAUGAUGCUAUGGGGAGAGUUGAGGAUGCUAUCGAGAUCCUGGAGUAUGUCCUCAAACUGAGAGAGGAAAAGCUCGGAAUAGCAAAUCCCGACUUCGAGGACGAGAAGAGCAGGCUAGCAGAGCUGCUCAAGGAGGCGGGCAGGGCCCGCAACAGGAAAGCCAAGUCCCUCGAAAACCUCAUCGAUCCCAACUCUUCGAAGAGGACCAAGAAAGAGGUGACGAAGAGGUGGCCCGGGUUGGGUUUUAGGAUCUGAGUAAACGGAGACCACUAAUCUUCUCUAAAUAUAUAUUUGUCUACUCAUUUGCAUCAUGUAACAUAGAAGAUCCUGUAUAGAGCUAUUGUUGUUGUUCCACAAGGUUUUUCCUUUUGUGUUUUUUCGGGGUUCGGAUGCUUUUGAUUUCUUUUUUUGCUUCAUUUUUAUUACUCUUUAUUAUUUGUGGAGACCGAACGAUGAUGUUUGUGCUGGGAAGUAAGGAGAAAAAUCGUUAAUUGAUUGAAAUUGUGUUGAGGCU